AAAAGAAAUGAUUAAUCCAUUCGUGAUAUAUAAAUCUAAUUGAUUGACGACAGUAUAUUUAUUUAAUACCUGAAUUUAAUACUUAAAUAUGCCACGAAAACUUGUGUUUGCUAUUAGACCAACUGUUAAUCAUUCUCCUUUAAAUGAAUAUAAAAUAUUUCGUCCUGGAUUUCGAGAAUUUACCAAAACACCUUUACUACCCGGAAAAUUAUUUAAAAAAAUAAAAGAAAAUGUCGCGGGUAAUAAUGAUUGUAUGGAUUUAAAAUUAGAACAAUCUCCGAUAAGUACUCAGCACAUGGAAUCAGAUCAAUUACAAACAAGUAUUAUAAAAAUUGGAAAUCUUUCACCGACACAGACUGUAUAUGCUAAUUAUGAAGUAACGGAGCACAAAAUAAUUAAAUUCAAAUUAUAAACUAAUUGUAUAUUUAUUUUUUAAUUAAUAUUUAUUUUUAAUUUAGUUAUCAUCAAUAUAUAUUAUAUUCUAAAUUUUUUUAAUAAUUUUAAUAGUGUAAUAAUAUGUUAUUAAUUUUAUGAGUCAGUGUAAUUUAUCAUAAUGAUAAUUUAUACUUUUUCAUUUUUUAGCUUAUCAUGAAUACUAAAUAGAUUUUAAAGUCAUUUAUAAUUUUUUUAUACUGAUUCCAAAUCAUAUGAAUUUAAAUAAAAAAAAAAAAAAAAUUUUAUUUAGUCGUAUGAAUGUUGAUGCGGUAGUAUUUUGUUUCGAUAACAUUUGUGUUGUGACUAUAAAAGUUUUUGACGGUUACCUUGGAGAGGAAAAAAAACAAUUAAACAUUAUUUUAGUGCAGAUCAUUAAACUCAUAUUAAUAUCCUUGAUAUUUGACCUCAUCAAUCAACAUCUUCAAUCAAAUUUUUUGAUUUCUAUUGAAACUUUUGACAAUAUAAAAAUAUAAAAUAUAAAAAAAAAAUUAACUGCUGAUUUAAAACAAAUAAAAAUGCGUGAGAUUGUUCAUCUUCAAGCGGGUCAAUGUGGCAAUCAAAUUGGUGCUAAAUUUUGGGAAGUGAUAUCAGACGAACAUGGAAUUGAUCCGACUGGUACCUAUCACGGAAACUCAGAUCUCCAGUUGGAACGUAUAAAUGUUUACUAUAAUGAAGCGACCGGUGGAAAAUAUGUCCCACGAGCAAUUCUAGUUGAUUUGGAACCUGGAACAAUGGAUGCUGUUCGUUCAGGGCCUUUUGGUCAAAUAUUUCGUCCUGACAAUUUUGUAUUUGGUCAAAGUGGUGCUGGAAAUAAUUGGGCUAAAGGUCAUUAUACUGAGGGCGCCGAAUUGGUUGAUUCUGUUUUGGACGUUGUUCGAAAAGAAGCCGAAAGUUGUGAUUGUCUGCAGGGUUUCCAACUUACUCACUCUCUUGGAGGUGGCACGGGUGCUGGAAUGGGUACUCUUUUAAUUUCAAAAAUACGCGAAGAGUAUCCAGAUCGUAUUAUGAUGACUUUCAGUGUCGUUCCUUCACCAAAAGUAUCUGACACAGUAGUGGAGCCCUACAAUUGCACCUUAUCAGUUCAUCAGUUGGUAGAAAAUACAGACGAGUCGUAUUGCAUUGAUAAUGAAGCUCUAUAUGACAUUUGUUUUCGAACUUUGAAACUAACCACCCCAACAUACGGUGAUUUGAAUCAUUUAGUAAGUGCAACGUUAAGUGGAGUCACGACUUGUCUAAGAUUUCCCGGUCAAUUGAAUGCAGAUUUAAGAAAACUUGCUGUAAACAUGGUACCAUUUCCACGUCUUCAUUUUUUUAUUCCUGGGUUUGCACCAUUGACAUCCAGAGGAUCACAACAAUACCGUGCACUAACUGUUCCUGAAUUAACCCAACAAAUGUUUGAUGCUAAAAAUAUGAUGGCUGCUUGUGAUCCACGUCAUGGAAAAUAUCUUACUGUUGCUGCUGUUUUUCGUGGGCGAAUGUCUAUGAAAGAAGUUGAUGAACAAAUGCUUAAUAUACAAAAUAAAAAUAGUACAUAUUUUGUUGAAUGGAUUCCAAGUAAUGUGAAAACAGCAGUAUGUGAUAUUCCACCAAGAGGUUUAAAGAUGUCAGCAACGUUCAUUGGAAAUUCAACUGCUAUUCAGGAACUUUUCAAACGUGUGUCUGAACAAUUCACUGCGAUGUUCAGGCGUAAAGCAUUUCUUCAUUGGUAUACUGGCGAAGGGAUGGAUGAAAUGGAAUUUACUGAGGCUGAAUCUAAUAUGAAUGAUUUGGUUUCUGAGUAUCAGCAAUAUGAAACAGCAACAGCUGACGAUGAAGGCGAUUUUGAUGAGGAUGAAGAAGGCGAAGGAGAUGCUUAAAUCAUUUUUUUUUCUCUUUGUUCUACUUUUUUUUUGUUCAUGACUUUUCUUGAUUCUUCAAAAAAAUUAAAAAUUAUCUCUCAUUCUUCACGUCGACAUAACUCGGACUAUUAUUACACUUGUUAAUAGAUAUUUAAACGUGACUCUGCGGAGCUUAUUAAUUAUUCUAAAAUUAUAUUGUUUACACUUUGAUUAAUAAUAUUAAUUCAAUCGGUUUCAUCACUAAAAAAAAAUUAUUUAAUUUUAUUAAAUUUAACAUGUAUUUUAUUCAAUAAUUAUAAAUGCAUUGAUUUAUAAAAAUGACAUUUAAUAAAUAUUGAUUUUUAUCAUAUCAAUAUAAAAUUUAUAACUCAAGAUUAUUAAAUCUUCAAUAAACUGUUAACCUAUCUCAUAAUCUUAAUUAUAAUUUUCAUUUAAUUUAUUAUUUUUUUUUUUUUAAUUUCUAGUCUUUAAUAUAAUAAUAUGUUUUAUAAUCAUGCAAGAAGAGAAAUCCUGUUGUCCUUACUCCACAAACAAUUCGCAUAAUUCCAAGAUGAUAGGUGACUAUAAUGUAAUUACAACCUUUGUCUUAAAGUUAAAAAAUUUUAU